AUGGAAAUGUCAGAAGAUUAUAUGAAUACAGAAGAAAACCCGACUGAAAUUCAUGAUUACCUUGCAGCAUUUGAAAAAUCUCUUGGUUCUGUAAAUGAGAUGCUGAAGACAAUGAUGUUGGUUUCCAGGAGCGAUCUCCAAAAGUUGGAGCCUCUUGAGCAAGCAAAGCUGGAUUUGGUUUCAGUGUACACUCUAAAUUCGGUGUUCUGGGUAUACUUGGCUACUCAAGGAAUCAAUCCAAAAGAACAUCCAGUGAAACACGAGCUGGAGAGAAUAAGAACAUACAUGAACAAAGUCAAAGAAAUAACAGACAAGCAAAAGGCAUCCAAACUCGAUAAAGGAGCUGCUUCUAGAUUUGUGAGAAAUGCACUCUGGGAACCAAACGCUGAAAAUGAACAUACAUCCAAAACGCCUAAUAAGGGAAAAAAGCGAAAGAUGGACUAA